GAAAUCUCACCUAUUUUUCUUUAAUAACGUUUGGCAUCGUGGACGACAGCCACUCGUGGAACCUACAGGGCUUUAACUUCUCCCAACUUCCUCAAACAAAUCCUAGCAUCUUCCUACCCCGUCCCGAUCCAUCCAUGGCAGCCCCUACCGUCGUCUUACUGCCCGUGUGGGGUGCUGGCCACCUCAUGUCCAUGCUCGACGCCGGCAAGCGGCUGCUCACCCGCGGGGGUCGCGCGCUCUCGCUCACCGUGCUCGUCAUGCGAGCGCCCACGGAGCAGCUCGCGGCCGAUCUCGACGCCCACAUACGCAGGGAGGAGGCAUCGGGCCUCGACGUCCGCUUCGUCCGCCUCCCCGCCGUUCAGCCCCCGACGGACUUCCACGGCAUCGAGGAGUUCAUCUCCAGGCUGGUACAGCUGCACGCGCCCCACGUCAGGGCGGCUAUCUCCAGCCUGGCUUCCCCGGUGGCAGCGGUCGUUAUGGACUUCUUCUGCACGGCGCUGCUCGACGUGACCCGCGAGCUCGCCGUGCCCGCGUACGUCUACUUCACUGCCAGCGCCGGGAUGCUCGCGUUCUUCCUCCGCCUCCCGUCGCUCCACGAGGAGGUGACGGUCCAGUUCGAGGAGAUGGAGGGCGCGGUGGAUGUGCCCGGGCUGCCGCCCGUGCCGCCGUCUUCCCUGCCGGUGCCAGUGAUGGACAAGAACCACCCGAAUUACACGUGGUUCAUGUACCACGGCAGGCGCUUCGCCGAGGCCGACGGCAUCAUCGUCAACACGGCUGCCGAGCUCGAGCAGAGCGUGCUUGCUGCCAUCGCCGACGGGCGGUGCACGCCGGGUGUCCGUGCCCCGACGGUCUAUCCAAUUGGCCCGGUUAUCUCGUUCAGCCCCCCGCCCACUAACACAGAACAUCCGCACGAGUGCGUGCGGUGGCUCGACACGCAGCCCGCGGCCUCCGUGGUGCUCCUCUGCUUCGGGAGCCAAGGGUUCUCCGCGGCGCCACAGGCGCACGAGAUCGCGCACGGCCUGGAGCGUAGCGGCCACCGCUUCCUCUGGGUGCUGCGCGGCCCACCGGCACCCGGCGAGCGGCACCCGUCGGACGCGAACCUCUCCGAGCUGCUCCCCGAUGGAUUCCUCGAAAGGACCAAGGGCAGAGGCCUGGUGUGGCCGACGAAGGCGCCGCAGAAAGAGAUACUAGCCCACGCCGCCGUUGGUGGUUUCGUGACACACGGCGGCUGGAACUCGGUGCUCGAGAGCCUGUGGUUCGGGGUGCCGAUGGCACCGUGGCCGCUGUACGCCGAGCAGCACCUGAACGCGUUCACGCUGGUGGCCUAUGUAGGCGUCGCCGUGGCGAUGAAGGUGGACAGGAAGAGGAACAAUUUCGUGGAGGCCUCGGAGCUGGAGCGAGCGGUGAAGGAGCUGAUGGGCGGUGGCGAGGAAGGGAGGAAGGCGAGGGAGAAGGCCAUGGAGAUGAGGGAUGCCUGCAGGAACGCCGUGGAGGAGGGUGGCUCAUCCUACUCUUCACUACGAAGGCUAUCAGAGAAGAUAUGUAAAGUCGACAAGAACCUAUGAGUCUGACGAUGAGAGGCAAUUUUACAUCACAUUCUUUAUUGCUGUAAACUAGCAGUAAGAGAGGAUGUGAUUGAUUAAGGUUGAGAAUAAAUUCUUAUCAUUGAAUAUAAAUUAGAUGAAUGAUAUAUUUUAUCUAAAAAUAAAGUAAAAAUCAAACACCUAUAAUUUGGCAAUUUCUAUUAUAUAUAUAUUUCAAGUGUUCAUAGAUGCUUAGACCAUAGAGCCUUGGCCUUGUGUAAUUGUGUUUGGUACUUAGGUAUCACGUAUCUCUGUCGUUACCUUCAAAUAAAAAGUGUAAUAAGGGGGCUGUUGAAAUCA